GAUUAUUAGAUUAUUAGAAACUUGUCUGCUUUUGAGCCGUAUAUUCGUAGAUCUGUCGCUGGGGUUAUGUGCCAUAGUCCUGGUUGCGGCUAUCGUGGUAUUCGCUAUUUCCGAGACUCCAUUGUUCUACCAGACGCGUCGCGAUCAUCCACUCAUCACCCGUGGCAUAAUUCUAGCCUGCUACUUCUUCACCCAGUUCUUCCAUCGUUCUCACCGUUUUAUGCAGUUUGCUGUUCCCGCUAUUUCUUAUACUGUGCCAUGCAUCGAUCCCUCUUCGCGACUUCAUGUCGAAGGUGACAUAAACAGCUGAAAAACUCGGUCUCCGCACCACUGUUACGGAACGCUUUUCGGAGACAUUUGGUAUUGCCGUGAAAGCAUGAUACUAGCCCGAUGUUUCGACCCC